CAUGAUAGACCCUAUUAUUAAUAGCACAGAUAAAUCAACCACCACCACAAAAUAGAAAGAAGAGAGAGAAAGGAGUGCUGCUUACUGCUGAGAGAAGAGUACAGAGUGUGGGGUUGGGUUAUGGCCUCGAAGCUAUGCGACUCGUGCCAAUCGGCCACCGCCACCCUCUUCUGCCGAGCCCACUCCGCCUUCCUCUGCUUGGGCUGCGACUCAAAGGUCCACGCUGUCCACAAGCUCGCGUCACGCCACGCGCGGGUCUUCCUCUGCGAGGUCUGCGAGCAUGCCCCCGCCCACGUCACCUGCGAGGCUGACGUCGCCUCCCUCUGCGUCACGUGUGACCGCGACAUCCACUCUGCCAACCCUCUCGCCCGCCGUCACGACCGCGUUCUUGUCACCACCUUCUACGACUCCUUUAACCCCUCGUCUGGUGUCAAAGCCACAACCGCCGUUAGCUUCCUGGAGGACCAUUACUUCUCCGACGUGGGCGGGGAUGGUGACGUCUGCAGGGAAGAGGCCGAGGCUGCCUCCUGGUUUCUCCCGAACCACAAUAACAAUAAUAAUAAGGUGAUGGCGAGUCAGGAUCCUAAUUCCGAUCGGUUUAUCUUCACGGACAUGGAUCCUUAUUUGGAUCUGGAUUACGGGCUCGGGGAACCGGAAUUGGAAGCUCAGGAGCAGAAUAGUUCCGGUAAUGACGGAGUUGUACCCGUUCAGAGCAAGAGUGUUCAUCAGCCUCCGUUGCUGAAUGACCACUGCUUCGACAUGAAAUUUUUGGGCUCCAAGCUCUAUGCUUAUGGCUGCAACUCUCGGUCUCUCAGUCACAGCGUGUCUUCCUCGUCCCUUGACGUCGGCGUCGUGCCAGAUGGAAACACGGUGACCGAUAUAUCCGAUUCUUACUGUAAGCCGAUCUGCAUCGGAACCGAUUCAGCAAACCUGACGGUUCAGAUAUCAGCAGCGGAUCGGGAAGCGAGGGUGCUGAGGUACAGAGAGAAGAGGAAGAACAGAAAGUUCAAGAAGACGAUCCGAUACGCGUCGCGAAAAGCCUACGCGGAGACGAGGCCACGAAUCAAAGGAAGGUUCGCGAAGCGGUCGGACAUUGGGGUUGAAGAUGAUCGUAGAUGUGGAUACGGGGUGGUUCCUACGUUUUAAGUUGAGUUAUCCGUCCUGAAAGUAAGUGUUUUUGUAUAUAGAUGAUGUGGGAUUGGAAUGCUGACCGUUGAUUUUGUAGACUACAAAAUUAAUGUUUAGUAGGCAGUAGAAGUAAUGAAGUAGGAAGCUGCAAAUCGAA